AUGUCCCUGUUCACUGCUCUAGCCGCAGCGGCCCUACUUGGGACACAAGUUAGGGCGGACUUCAUCCCAACUGUGCGGAGCACACGCCUACUAGGCAACGUGUCCGACCCUAGCUUCGACCGCGAUUCCUGCGGUUCUGUUCGAUUAGGCGAUCGAGUAUUGUGGACAUGUCGAGACACGGAAGACUACAAAAACGGCGUUGCCGGACUUCCAAUCUAUUCAAGCACAGCUUCAUGGACAAACUUUGCUUCUGACGGUACACCCCUCGUUCAAUCGUGGGUGAACGCCUUGGGAAAUAGCGAGAGUGGCCUUUUAUGUUCUGGCCAGAAUAACGGACAGCCUUUCUAUACCUACCCCUCGGAUCUAUGCAAUUCAAACACAGCAGGCGCAUGUCCUGAUGGCACUCGCUAUCCCCUUUGGCCUGAUAGUCCGCCGUUGGUGACCAGUAAAAACAUAUGCAAGGGUUCGGUAACGGCACACACAUGGAUCACCAAAGUUCAUACUCAGGGCCUCACUCUGCUCAACCCGGAUCCCGGCACGAUGUUAUACGAGGUCACAUACGACCCAUCCGUGAACGGACAUGGAACAGGCCUUCCGACCGUGUCUAUUGUAGAUGAGAACUUUUGGUCAACCAACGAAAUGCCCUAUGGCGUCUACGGCGGAGUUGUUAACAAUGGUGUCGCGUAUCUCUAUGGCAAAAAUGCUGCGGGCACAGUUGGUCUUGCGAAAGUAUCUACUAGGUUUGUCACUAACAAAUCCGCAUACCAGUACUAUGUGAAUGGUGCAUGGACACCCAAUGUUCCGGGCGUCAACGACACUGGUGUGGGUAUCCCGAAUGCCGGUGCAGGGGGUCAGGGAACAUUCUACUACUCUAGUGUCUGGAACAAGUACGUCUGGAUUGGGCAGGCGGGUAUCAGUGUUUCGCCGGCCUUUUUCAUUACCACUGCCCCUUCCCCUGAGGGCCCUUGGGCGACGCCUGUGAAUUUCUACUCGGCCAACUAUAUCAAUUGGUCAUACACAUUGCAGGCGCAUCCUGGCUUGUUGGCGAAUUCUUCGCAGAAUGCAAUUUAUCUCUCAUAUGUUGUCAGUGACCCACGAGGAUAUUUUACUCCUCUGGUUUAUGUGGAGUGGGAGUAA